GUUAAAAUUGUGAGGCAACACCAACAUUCCUCUACAGGAGCACAUGUGCAGGAGCUGUGCUCCGUGAAAGUGAAUAGCUAUGUCAAUGUGAUCUUCCGAAGCACAUGACUGCUCGGGACUGUGACUCAUGGGAAGUUUUCUACGAUAUACCUUACAGCGUACAGUCAAAUUCCAGCUACUCAAGAAUAUCAUUACGGCUCAGAGUUGAUAUUCAUGUUCUGAUUUGGUAUGCCAGAGACCUCUGUCUCGGAUUAACUUUCAGCUGAUAAAUGCAUGUUCUCGGAGCCGACCAGGCUAUGGGUCAUGACAUUACUAGCUGAGAGACAAUGGUGUGUCACUGUCUGGGGAAUGGUCUCGACUUCGUAUUACUUCCAGCCUAUGGUAGCAUUUGUUGCUGUUAAACCCCACCCAAGCUUCGUGAUCCAUUCUUAAUUAGCGGGCGACUGGUUGUGGGAGGCAGCGAGUGCAGGUAGUGGGCUUAAAUGAGACGG